AUGUGUUGGGAAGUGGAGAAGAUCGAGAAGUGGUUCCCACCAGUGGACCGGGAUUUAAUCCUAACAAUCCCACUUAGUCGAAGAGCUCCAAGAGAUAGGUUAAUUUGGCAUUUUCAUAAUAAAGGCUUUUUCAUCACAAGAAGUGCCUAUUAUGUUGCCCGAGACAUGGCGUUGGGAUUAGUACUUGCUCCUCCACGGGCUCCAGAUGCAUAUGCUAAAAUAUGGUCAGCUAUAUGGAAUGCCAAAGUCCCAAACAAGGUAGCUUUGCAGGUUUGGAGAGCAUGUGAGAAUAUACUGCCCAAUCGGAUUUGUCUGAGUUCGAAAGGGUACAUGGGUGAUACAACCUGCCCAAUGUGUGCAGGUGGGGGUGAAGAGAACAUGCAUGUCUUUGUUCGGUGCCAUUAUGCUCAAGAAGUGUGGAGAGCAGCUACUAUCCCUAUGCCUACUACCAGUAUCACCGAGUUUAAGAAUUGGCUAUUAUAUUUGGUAAAUAACGUUGGCAAGGAGACAUUUGCAAAAGUCACGAUGCUCAUUUGGGGUAUAUGGAAGAAUAGAAACACACAAGUUUGGGAAGGAAGUAAACAACAUCCACAUGAUGUGGUACUGAUGACCAUAAGUUGGCCGGAAGAUUUUGUGAAAGCUAAUAGUGAUGGAAAACAACAGUACACGCGAAGCAACAGCUGGAGCAAGCCACCAGAGGGUUGGCUCAAAUGCAACAUUGAUGGGGCCUUCAAAGCACAAUCGGGACAAAGUGGAGCGGGUUUUGUGUUUCGAGAUUCAAGGGGGCAGUUUAGAGCAGCUACUGCUUGA